AUGGAGGUAGGAGAAAAUGUGCGGAAAAAAGCGUCGUCGGAAAUACGUUUCGCUGAAUACGGUAGGAGUGUUGAAGAUGACGAGGUAAACUCAAGAAAAACAUUGCUAAUCCUCUCGUCAGUUUCUUUUCAAGGAGCCGACACAAGAGAACAAACGUGUCAUCGAUUUGGGCAAUCCGGUGGAUGCAAUGAGCCUGAAUAAUGAGAAAACGAAGAUUGUUGUGGCUGGAAUUCGGGGCGGUAAGAGAUUAAGAACAAGACUUUUAGCUGAACAGCAAAUUACAGUUCUUCAAAUUGUAAAAAUCCAGUAUUCCCCGACAGACGUUAUAGAUGGACCUUCACUUAUCGAAGAUUUAGACUUGAGAACGUACCGGAAAGGAAAAGUAAGCAUUCUCUAUUCUGCGCAGAACGUCAAAUGGAAUCAGCUUUUCGGUUUGUUUUCAAACUAAAAAAAAUGUCUGUUUGACCGUUUUUCUCAGAGCAAUAUAUAGCCACGACAUCUGCAAAUGGCUCUGUCGUCUGUUGGAAUAUAGACCGGAAAAAUAGUGAGUUCCCGAAUACCGGAAGAUGUCAGAUGAAACAUUUAAAACUGCAGAAAUCGUGUACAAACUUCAUGAAAGGUCGGCUACUUGUGUCGAUUGGCAUGCCGAUGCCGGUUAUUUGAUGAUGUCUGGAUCUCGUGAUAGCACAGUCCGAACUUAUGAUCUCCGUUGUCCCACGACCACCAAGAAUUCGUUGAUUUUCUAGUAGAAAAUCCAUCUCAUACCAUGGAAAACAAUUAAUUUUCAGUGACCGAACCUGCGAAGGGAUUCAUGACAUGACAACUUGCAAGACAGCAGGUCUCGCCGACUACUUCCUGACUGGCGAUGACUGCGGCGUUCUUCGUGUCUGGGAUAUUCGAAAUCCUUCCAAGUGAGCGAGGGGACAUUUGCAUCCGCUUCCGCACGAAUCUUAACUCACUCUAUACAACCCGUGUUACCCUUUUCGGCGGCCACUCGCUGGCUUUCGCGUCAUUCGCCGGAGGGGGAAGACGGGCUCGUCCUCCCGCCCGGCUGCGUGUGAAUAGUUCAAAUGUGCAGAGAGCGAAUCCAAUUUAGUAGUUCCUCCUUCGCUUCUUCCACUCGUGCUUCACGAACACUCGAUCGCUUAUUUCAGAUGUGUUCAUCAAAAAGUCGCGCAUCGGUCGUUCAUUUCCACAAUCGCGAUGAGCCCCACCGACAAGGGGAUAGUGGCAACCGGAGGUGGAAGAGACAAGAUGGUUAAAGUAUGUCAAUCGAUUCUAUUUCUUUUUUCAUAGUUUUUAUGCAGAUUUGGGACUGGUCAGCACACAGUAUAACCCGCGUGGGCCUCGUAGAAACGACAGCACCACUGGGAAGAGUCGUAUGGAGACCGGAAAAGAGUUUUCACAUCGCCACGUGUGCAAGUGAGUCAAAAAAGAAAAAAAGAAACGAGAAGAAUAUCGAAUGUUUUGUUCUUCAGGUGUAAAUGAGACUGCAGUCCAUGUGUGGGAUAUCAGAAGGCCUUACCUUCCGUACGUUACGUACGACGAGCAUGGGGACAGUGUAACGGACGCGUGCUGGCCCAUUUCCGACUUUGACGUGUUCUUGACAUGCGGAAAAGACGGGCUCCUUAUGAUGCACAAUAUGGACACGGGACAUGUCGGUUUUUCGAACUCGAAACCGGAAAGACGCUCUCAUUUCAGACUCCCUUAUCAUAUGCUUGCGAUGUUUCGUUCGAUGUCACUCCGGACGGCACAAUCGGAAUCGCGGUGAACUCGGAAAUCCACGAAAAGAACGAGUCAAUUCUGGAAGCACAGUUGCAACUUCAAAGACAGAAAGGGGCGGGAGGGCCUCGGCGGCCUGUCCCCUUCGAAUUGUUCAACAGGCCCAUAAAAAGUUUGGUUGCAUUCGGAAUUCCGGAAGCUCUCACUUACAGCCUCCCGCCCACGCACUUUUAUGAAAUUGCCGAGCAAUACAGAAUUGGCGGAAUGGAGAUUGUGACGUUGUGUGAAAUGAACUCGAAAAUAGCUCGGAAGGCGGGCUUCGAGCACGUGGCACAAACUUGGCGACUCGUCGAGGCUCUUUGCGGCCAGGCGAACAUUCAGGAAGUCUACGAUCAGCUGAGCAAAGAGGAGAAAGAGCGGGUAAUCAAAGCGUGGAUUGUGUGAGUGAAAAUACGAUCGGUGCGUGGGUUGACAAAAAACUAAUUCAGGAGGAAGAAAGAGUUGGCCGACGAAGGACGGCGAUGGAUGGCGAAUAUGCGCGACUACUACGUGGAUGAUGUGAAAAAACGUGUGGCAGAGCGACUGGAAAACACUCAGAGUGUGACUGCCUUCCUGAAUUUCUCAUCCGAAUCAGAUGGGUCUGACAUAGAACCAAUCAGGAAGAAGAAGAAAAAAGAUGGCGAAGAAGAAGAAAAAGGAGAAGGAGAAGAUGAUAAUGAAAAUGAGAAAAUGAAUUUAGACGAGGAUGAUAUGCCAAUUCCCAAAAAGAGAGUUCGGAAGAAGCGGAAGAAUUUAGCGAUCGAUUAUUACUUCGGAGCCGGCGAGGCGAACUACAAAAGUGUAGAAGGGAAAAAGUGAGCGAAUUCCUAGUCGUCAUCUGAAUCCGAGUGUCUUCAGAGAAGUGCUUCAUUCCAACGAGUUCACGGGUUUGCGAAAUGAGGCGUUCCACCAGAGAAAUGAGGAAAAAGAGGCAAAGUUCUUCUGCAAGGCUAGGAAACAGCCUACGAGUUAGCCGUUGCUCUGUUUCGAGAUGAUCGUUAUUCACAUAAUUCCAGACGCAGACGAGUACGAAGAAUACAUUCGGGAGUACGAGGCAGAUUUCCGCGCGUGGUCUCCGAUGCUCGAAAUCUACCGGCUUUUGUUAUACCAUGCAGAACAGGGAGACAUACAAACGUGUGCGAACAUUUCGAUGGUUUGUGGAAAGCGACUCUUGGAUACGGUUGAUCCGUACACUGUGAAUGGAUGGGUCUACUGUUAUAUGGGUUAGAAGUGAAGUGAAACUCAAUUUACAUAUCGAAAUUUAUAGAAAUGCUUGAUCGACUAGAGCUCUACCUAGUUUGUGCCAAAAUACGAAAGUAUUGUUCUUUGGAUUUCAUCAGUUCCGUUUCUCGCGAGAACACAACAAUCCAAUUGUCUCAUGCCGACUGCGACGCUGUGAUCGUCAAUGGACGGUGCACGAAGUGUGAAGGUCAUGUUCAGCCGGACUGUACCGUUUGGUGGGUUUAUUACAGUGAAAAUCUGAAACUCAAAGGAAGUCCCGUUUUACAGUCGUGUCUCGAUUAUCGGACUGUGCUAUCAGUGCCACGUGUGUGGCCACGCAAUGCACGUCGAUCACGCCUUCGAGUGGUUCCAGAAGACGAACGAAUGUGCUUACGUCGGUUGUCUGUGUAAUUGUGGAAUGACCACGUGGCCAGACAUGGAACGGACGUUCAUUCCGAAUCCGGGAGUUCCGAGAAAACAUCGCGAUUUCAGUAAAGUCCGACAGGAAGACUACGAACCGGAUCCGAACCAAAGUAAGUACACAAAAGUUGCAGGUUACAUAAAUACGCGUAUUUGAACAGGAAUCGACGCCUCUCGGAUUGAUUCUGACACAGAUGACAACGGUCCGGAUGAAGACGAUGACGAUUUGCCUUUCACCACGAACAAGCUGCGAGACAAGUUCGGAGUGCCAAGCACCGCGGAGUGGCAGAGACCGUGGGCGAAACACUUGGCGAGGCUCUACACCGAAAGAUACAAAGAGCCGUGUCCAUUAGACGACGUGGAGACGGAACCUCCUUUGAGUCCGAAAUCGAUAAAAGAAUGGAAAAGAGAGCAACUAGUCCAAGCGCUGGCUCACGAGGUUAAAGAAAAAGACGAAGAAAUUGAUAUCGCUCUAGAUGUUCCGAACGAAGGCGAUGUGGCUCAUGAUGGUGUGGACAAGGAGCCUUAUACUCUUGCUUGCCUUUUGUCUGCAGCCCUAGAAAAAAGUGAAUCGGAAACGACCGAACAGAACACAGAAUCGAAAAUCACGGACGUUUUUUCUCCGACUGAGUUCUCCGACCAUCUAGAACUGAUAGAAGAGCAGAAUCAAGGAGGAAUUGAGGAUUAUCAAGAUGAAGUCAAUGGAGCUUACAACAAAGAGGUCUACCAGCAACGAAAGUUGAUGAAUGACGAAGAGCAGUACAAUGGCGAGAAAGAGCAGUUCGAAUAUCAGUUGGAUGUAGGGCAAGAAGAUGAACAGUUAGAGGAUGAGCAAGAAGUGGAAGAGGAAGUAGAAGAUGAAGAUCACGGGCUCAAUUUCGAAGUUGAGCAAGCGAAUCUGGAAGAUCUGGACGGCUAUUAUGAAGAACUGAUAGGAGUGGAGCAAGAAAUGUAUGAUGACGAACUCGACGAGGAAGCGUUUGAGAAUGAAGAAGAAGAACUGUACUCCGAUGAUUACAUCCAAUCAAUUGGCCCUAUCGGUCUGCAACCGCAUCAGCUUUUUUCCGAUAACGAGCGUGUAACUUCGCCGUCGUUCGGGUGGAAUAGAAAAGAAUUCGUCGACCGACUUACAAAAGUAAUGUUCGCGGAGUCGUCCGAUAGUUCUGAGGGUCAUGACGUGGGAGAGAUUAAAGUUGAAGAAAUCUUUGCAACAAGCGAGAAAGAUACGGAAGGACGAGAUCGUGAGAAAACAUUGAAUAUCGACAAACCGUCGAUGUCGGUGAGGGAGAAAGUGAUGGCCGUUUUGUGCAUGGUAAGGAAAGCCGGGCGAAACACCGCGAUAUUGUCAUUUUUCAGAGCAAGAAGCAAAAGAAACAGAUGAGAGCAAAACGCCAGAAGAAAAUGGACAAAGCAGUGCUCACCGGAGAAAGUGAUGUACAUGAAGACGCUUACGAUGAGUUCUGCGUUUCCACUUCUGAUGAAAAUGAUUUCGAAUCGGAAGGGGCCUCUUCUCCCGCUGAAUCUUCUUCAUCUCCCACGUCGUAUUCAUCUUCUGAAUUGUUCGUUCCUGUCCCCGCAGAGGUUGAAUAUUAUGAAGAUGAAGAAUGCGUCGAAGACAGCGAAGACUAUUCCGGCGAUGAGUCUUCUCACUCGGACGAAGAGACAUAUUUUUCCGAUGAGCUGGACAUUCAAGAUGACGAACGAGAAGUUUCUCCACCGGCCACUGGCGACUUAUAUGAGAAAGAACCGAGUGUAAGAUCUUGUCAUUUUGGCUUGACUGAAAUUGAUUCCAUUUUUCAGCCACUACGAACGAAACCUAGAAAACGGAAGGUAAGGGUUUCGUUCUACAGGGUCGAAUGUGCAGAAGGGACGCCAUGUCCAUUCCGAUCGCAGUCCCCUCGGUCAAUAUCGCCCAUCUCAACAAUACCCUCACCACGAUCGCCAUUCAGUUCCCGUACUCCUUCCCCGUCGCCGCCCCGUACCCCGCCUAGGUGUCCAUCGCCUCCACCUGCACCAGACCAGCCGCCGUCACCGUGGAGACUGUCCCCGGUUCAAGAAGAACCAGAAGAUGUGUCGGUUGCAUCGGGGUCCUGCUACUUUCUGCCUCCAGGAUAUUCGUCCACGAUCACCUCAUAUGCUAAUCCGCUUUUCGCGAGAAUCAAUAGCAGACCUGUUUCGAAUCCUGUGCCAAUUGGGACCGGUGGUCAAAUGAAUGGGAAUCGGUGGCGUACCGAGUCGUUGAUGACAGUUAUUGGUGACCGGGAACAAUUGGGAAUGAACGCCUUCAAUCCUCUCUUCCUAUGCAGUUCGUCGUUGCCGGCUGGUAACAAAUUUGCAUCUCCAUCGUCCAGCUGGAAAUCUUCAUUAGAAGAACAAACAUCAUUCAAUUCGGACGACUCAUCCACGUGGGACACGUACCCAAGCAGUCCCCCCGCAGCAGCGCGAAUGCUAAAGAUGGUUCCCGGGGAAGUGAGGGAACAUAAGAACUGGCCCAAAGAGUCUCCGCCUCAUCAUGAACCCCCGCCGCUGGAUGCUGUCCCAUUUGCACGAUGUUCGGAUCCUUAUUUGUUGCUAGCUGACCACAUUCCGGAUAAUAGGGAUCAAAACAGUCAUGCAAAUGAUACAAUCAUUCAGAAACUAGACGCAAAACGACGCAAGGUACAGAAGGAGGAAUCCGAUCAGUCAGACUCGGAUCUGUUCUCGACCGACGAAGAAGAGUCCUCUGAUCCGUCCGAUCUAGACGAUGAACCCUUCUUCCCUGCAACCGAAGAUUACCCGUUACCACCAAGAACUAUGCAUCCAUGGGAAACCAUGGAACAGUACGAAGAACGACUGCAGCGACAGAGAGAGGAAGAAGAAGCUGAAGCGAAAGAGAAGGAAGAAAAAGAAGCAGCGAAGAACGAAAAGGAAGAGAACAGGGUCAAGGAAGUAGAAAGAAGAGCGAGGGAGCAGGUAGAAGCUGAAAUAUCGAGGAGCGAGAGAAUGAAGAAAAAGUUUCUGGUUGAGCAGUCAUUUGAAGAUCCUGAACGUCCGAAGACUCCGAUGAUGAGAGAGCUGGAGAGGCUGAAAAAAGAAGAAGAACCGAAACGGAAGAUCAGGAAGUGGCCGACUCUCAAAAGAACCACGUUUGAUAAAACGGACCACGAAAUUGCUCUCAACAAGGCAAUAGGGGUAGGAAAACGAAAUGGAAGAGAAAAUUCAGAGUCAAUAUUUCAGAAUCUGAAAAUAUUAGAUCCAACAUUUGAUGAAAACGAGCCGGAGAUUAUCAAAAAUGUACGGGAGAAAGAGAGAUGUGUACGCUGUAAACACGAGAUAGAACAGGACAAGAUAGAGAAAAAACACAUACGGCAUAUCAAGAAAACGUGAGUAAAGCGAAUUGAUCCGGAACCUUAAUUGAACUUUUCAGAAUUGAUGAUGGACAAAUCAUCCUUGCGAAGUCGCUGACUGAUCCGUGUGUAGCCUUCCAAUUUCAUUAUAUGGAGUCAGUUGUUCGAUGCUGACGACUUUAUCAAAAUCAUACAUUUUUAGCUACGGUAACUUCCUGACUGACGUGGAAGAAGCGAACAGGACUGCAGCCAACUUCGUCGAGUUCAUCCAGUUGCUCUAUUUCGUCAAAUGGGAAGACUUGCUGCGUCCUGACAGUGAAUUCAUGCUCAAAGAGAUUUACGAAAUGUGGCUGGAUUACAAGAAGAAACGACCAAGAAUGUGCGAUUCUCACUAUGAGGAUUUCUCAUUCCGCUUCUACGCAGCUUCGUAUGCUCCACCCUUUUAACACGAAUCCUUAAUUUUUUUUUCAGAAUCACUACGAAGAUCAUGAAGCAGAUGUACAAGUACGAGCCUCUCCAAAUCCAACAAAGAGCCAUCAAAUACGAUUGGCUACACCCGAAGCCGUGUGUAAUCUCAAUUGACGACGACCCGCAGCUCAUCGACGAAAUGAUGGAGACGCCGGUCAAAAUGAAUCGUUCUUGGUCGGGCGAAGAACGGACGGCGGCGAAAGAGUACUGGAAUCUAUUCGGAAAUGUUCCUCUCCACAUUCGGACGGUCGACAGGACGAAAGCGUUGCCGGCGGCAGACGAGAAACUCGAAAUCGGGGACGACACCAACUACUGGACGAAGAAAAUGAUCAGGAAUGCUGCGUAUCAGUCGCGUACUCACGGAAUCAAGCUGACAUACACGAGGGUGAAAGAGCGAGACGAUCUUUUCCGAGUGCAGGACAGAUCGGUGGGAGUGCUCAAAGAGCGCUGGAAGGCCCGUCUGAAUCAGAUGAAGAACGAGACUCCUCGUUUCGAUUUCUCCACGAGCAGUUUCCAACUCAACACGCGCUCUAAGCUGAUUCACACCGUCGACGCUCACAACCCGUGGCCCAUCUGUCAGAUUCAGGACCAAGACCAUCUCGUGACUAUCCGUCCGUUGGUCACUCGCAAGUUCGUGGAGCUCAAGUCCCGUCUCCGAUCGAAAUUCCACGUCCGAAACAGCUUCGUCGCUCCAAAAACACUCAAAAAUACAAAGAUUACGGUAGCUAGAACUAGAUUAUCGUAAGAUCCAAUAUGAUCUUUUCAGAUGGAUGAUAUUCGCGAAACUCGUUCAUUCAAGCGAUUCGAGCCCAGGUUGAAGAAAAAUGAAGAACUACAAAAAAGUAUGAUUGAGACUUUUCUCUGCAGACUCAAAACUCAAAGUUUUCAGUGAUGGCACGUCAUUUCAAAGUUGUCGACAGAACGGAUUAUCAUAGGCGUUACACUCUGUACACGAUCAUUGAAGAAGAAGACGAAGUGUCGCUGAUUGUGGCGAUGCUCGAGGUACAGAAUUUGGGAGAAACAGAGAAACUGGAUCCGGAGGAGGUGUUCGCGCAAAGAAAGGAUAUCAGAGAGCGGGAAGAGCGGCAGAAGCUCGCGAAAAUGAAGGAGGAGAAGUACCGGAAAGCACUGGCCAACACGGAAAAGUUUGAAAACGACAAGAUGAAGAUAAUGAGGAACCACUGGCAGCCAAAGUUCCGGAAGACUCUUCGGACGGCGCGAAAGGUGAUGGAGAUCGGUCGAUUGUUGCAUGAAGAGGAAGUGCAGAAGUGGAUGGAAUUCCAAUACGAACUCUCGUUCGCACAGAGAACACGAAAAAGAAAGUCUCUGAUCACGAAGAAACAGUGAGUAUAAAUCCUAUUCUGCUCAUUUCAAAUCCUUUAUCUGAUUUCAGAAUGCUUGAGAAUGUUCCGGUAGAAUGGAAAGAUGCCGUUGAACUUAUAAACUUUGAGGAACCAGUUAGACCACCUUACGUUUCACCCUGGCCGGAAUUAAUCGAAAGACCACGGUCUCCGGACUUUUUGUUCAAUUCUUCGUCGUCUGAAGAAGAUGAAGAAAGUGAAGAUGAAGAGGAGAAAUCAGAAAAAGAGGGAGAGGACGGAGAAAAGAAGGAGAAGAGUGAGGAAAAGAGGAAAAAAGAGGAGGAGAAGAGGAAAGCGAAGGAAUUAGCCAAAAAACGAAAAGAAGAGGAGAAAAAAGAAGAUCCACGGGAAAUCUUGAACUGCGUCAACCUCACAAAGGUUGCCGAGAAGCUGCAGUACGACGAGGAAGAGAGAAUUGCGCUGGAGGAGAAUGACGAGGAUUGGGAGUACUCGGACGAUUCGACCGUGUCCACGUGGUUCGAUAACGACGUGGACGACGUGAUGAACAGAUUGGUGAAUGUGAACUACGUGGACGAGCACAUGAUUUUGAAAGAACGCGCGAAGGGAGCACUCGGUCAAAAGCUUUUGUUCGUGUGGGAGGGCAGGAAAGAGGAGGAUCCAUUGUCCGAUGACGAGGAGGAUGCUGCGUCACUGGAGCGAAUCGCUUUGUGUGUGAAGAAAUCGGAGAAGAAAAGAGCCACCGAAUUGCUGGAUGAGAACUACACAUUCAGAGAUGCGGGAGUGCCGGAAGGAGACAGAACGAAGGAGUUGGCAGAGGCAGAACGGGAGAUGGACCUGGACAGAUACGACCGGAAAGAGUUCAGACGAGCAGAGGUGGACCAGCUUCGAUUCUUCUUCAGGCAGUACGCAUUCGAUCAUACUAACACUAUUCGUGGGUUUUUUCGUAAAUGUUCUGCAGCUAACCGUAUCUUAUUCAGCUCCAUACUCAUGGGAUAACGCCCUCCAUGAACCAAUCGCAUCCCUUCAUCGUCGGGAGCUCCGUCGCGUUGCGAAUCGAGCUCAUAAGAAGAUGAAGGACGAGUACGAAGACAUGUGCGCGGAGGAAGAGAUUAUUGUGAAAGCGAUUCCGACCGAUGAAAACAGCCUUCUCUACAAAAUGAUCAACUUUUUGUUGUUCCGAGAAUCGGGCGAGAAUUUCCAAACAGCAUCCAAGCGAGUUGACGAAGCCAAUAGAGUGUUGAAGCCACUCAAGAAGUACGAAAUGUUCUUUGGGAAAGAAGGGCUCUGCAAACUUCAGCUCCUCGGGGAAGAACUGAAUGUAAGCGUAGCAAGCGUUAGAAAAUUGAAAAUGACUUGUUAUUUCCAGACGUCGAAAGACCUUCGUUCGUCGGUCACGUAUCUCAUUCGACAAUACGGAGAGAACAUGGAGAUUUCAGCUGAAAGAUUGGCGAAAUUCAUUAAACUCUGGUGGUACAACUCGCAUGAUUCUCUCGAGCGUUUCAUCGGAUGCCUAGAGGAGACACUAGACACAGAAGAACGAAUCUGGGAGGAUGUGGAAUUCUUCGACUCCCUUCCACAGAACAUUGAAUUCGUUAGAGACACCAUCGAUCAGUUGGAUAUAGCCAGUAUCGUUAACGAGAUUCUCUAUACCGUGGAGGCGUAUGUGGAAGAUAUGGAGCUUUUGUACAGGACCGCACAGCUUCCUGAAGAUCGGAUGGCGGGCGCAAGCAUGAGCUUAUUCGAUUGGCAUCGCUGGAAAUCCAUAACACACCGCUCGGUAGAAGCUGACCCCCGCAGACCGCGAUUCGAUAAGUUGUUCGAUACUGGAGUGUGGGUCAUGGAAACAGAGUCCGAUUCUAAGGAAGGUGUUGUCGAGGGAUCAUCUGGAUCUACGGAGAAAGCCGCCGAUUCUCCGAUGGAAGGCACGCCGUCUUCUGAUGACGCACAGAUUUGCAUAGAACUGAGCGAAUCGAGAAGGCCCUCGGAGACUGGAAUCAUUGGAAGUAACGAAGACAUGCGAACACUUCACAAGCCGGGCAAGUACGGUAGUCUGAACGAAGAAAUGAUGGCGUACUACAAAGCGGUCUACGAGAGUGUAAAAAAGGCAGAGGUGCUGAGAAUUCGGAAACGGACGGAGGAACGAGCGCAGGAGUUGAUGAGGAAGUGGGGAGUUACCGAACAGCAGAGAAAGUGGGACGAACAGGACAGGGAACGACGAGUGCACGACUACAUGAUGCUGAAUUGGGCUGUGAGAGAGAAGGCUUAUGCAGAAGGGAUUCUGGAGAAAUCGGAUGACGAUGACGAUGAAAACUGGGAAGAGAGAAUAGAAGAUUAUGAACGAGGAUACAAGGAAACUGUGGAUGUGGCCAUGUAUGCGAGGCAAGGAACGACCCGAUACGAAAUACUCGAAAUGUGCGGAUUGCCAGUUACUCUCGAUCACGAGAUGUUCCGUGUUGAAAUGGACGAAUGCCAGUCUGCUGCCACUUCGGUUUCCGAUGCACACGAAAUUCGUGACCUGAUAGAGGAAGACGUAGAGGACGAGGAACUUGAGUUGCCAACCACCGAUAUCGACGAAGACGCGCAGAGCUACUGCUCGGUCAAGCACGUUCUCAAACACGAGUUGUACUUCGUAAGUUUAUAUCUAUUUUCCCACAUAAACAGACGGAAACGUGUUUACAGCAACGCGAAGUCGUCGGCCGGUACCUCCCCUCGUGCAUCAUUCUCUUCGCUCCGUCCCAAUUCUUUGAAGAUCCUGUAGAUUGCGAUUGUGAGUACAGGAAAUGGAGAAGAAUUAUCGAGGGCAGUGACUCGCCGUAUUCGUUCAACUGGCUCGUUCUGCGGGAGAGAUUGCUGCGGAUGUGCCGAGAUGAGUUCUGUCCUCUGCUUCUCGAAAAGUACUUUGAGCCGGAGGAACGAAAUCACAAGAUGAUCAUGGAGGUUUGCUAAUCUUUUAGAAAGAAAUAUAAAGUAGUGGUUACAGGUUUUCUAUGGCCUCACAAUUAUUAUUGUUGUGGACACUGAAAUGAAUCCAUGGACGUGCCGAAUUGCCUCUCGUCACAGCGUAGCGAAGCCUGCUCACGAUCGGGUCUCUGAAAUUCGGAAAAUUAUGGUCGAAGAGUAUGGUUUCAUUCGGAACUCGGGCUUUUCAACGUUCAAACAUUUCAGCUCACAAAAAGAUCUGUUCAACUGGUUAGAGCAGUACAAGAUCGACAUGGAUGUUUAUUCUCGUUGUCCGGUUAUCACUGCUCGCAGCGAACCGCUCACUCCGGAGCACGCCGCGCAAUUCUCGAGUAUUCUGAUGGAUGAAGAAGUCCGCGACAAGUGGUUGAUGAUAACCAAAGACGAAGGAGUUCGUGCGUUAGAUGUAAGCGGGAACAACUGUCUUGCAGGCUACUGAUCUUUUUGAUUUAAGGCGAUCAUCAGAAUGCCUCCGACACCGGAGGACAGGCUUCCGGCGUGCAUGGCGAUCUUCCGUCCGAUUUAUGACGCGUGGUACCACACAUGGAAGGCGAUGAACGAUCAGAAGAUGAAUAAGACGGUGGUUAAAAAGAAGAGAAAUCGACUGAAGGAGUACUUGUACAAGACUAAGCUCAUCAUCAACUACGCGCAUCAGCAUUAUCGUAUGAAGAAGUUCGAUAUUAAGAACAAAGAUCCUUCUGAAUAUCAACGUGAGUAAUCAACAAUGUUUUCCUAGUAACAACUAAAAGUUUAGUGGACCGAACCAAUAUUCCGAGUGCUUCUCUGUUCGACAGGCUCGAUGAAAUCGUCACCAAAUUCUGUAAUGAGGAGUCUAGUGAGUUAUCCCGCAAUAUCACGCUGUUUUAUUAAAUGUAAUCUAUUCGCAGAACAUUUGAAUGAUGCAGACCGGACAAAGGUUAAAGACACGCUCAUUUCACUGGCUACCGGGAAAAUUCCUCAUUUCACAAUGAACUAUUCCACCGCUAUAGAUCCCAGAAAGACGGUUCGACAUUCAGAUUCUCAUGAUCAUGCACAUACAUUUUUUUUUCCAGGAAAAUGGCUACGAUGCAUUUUGCGAGGAAGAUGACAUAGAGAGCACAAUGCCAACAGUUGUGACGUUCGAAGAUCCGAUGCCGGGGUCGUCUCCGGCUGUUGCGUUAUGUGACACGGAAAAAGUAGAAGAAGAAUUGGAGUGGUUAAGGUCUUUGUACGAGGACGCAGACAUGCACAGACGACGGUGGAUGGCCAAAUUGCUUUUCGAAUUGUAUGAAGUUUUCGCGUUUUCACAAAAACACGCAUUCAUUUCAGGGCUCAAAAAGCAAUGUUCCGAUUCGCACCGCAUCUAGCCAAUUUCGAAGGUGCGCAGAAGAAGUUCGAGCAUUUGCUGACAUUGCAUGCGAAGCAGAGACCGCUUCUCGAUAUGAUGCUCACGAAAGUGAGAGGGACCUACUUUAUGGUAAUGCUUACGAUAGGAUACUCGGACAAUAAUGAACUCUUUCAGCCUCUCGAGACGAAUCUCUUCUUGUACGACCAGAAGCUCAUCACAUUCAGCGAGCUGGUUGAUUCGGAAACUCACCCGAAAGAUUGGAGUAAAAGAAAAGAGAGCUUGGAGGAGAACCGGCAACAGGAACCAUCGGAUCCGCAGGAACUUCUCGACUUCUUACACCCGAAAUCAGACGCAGAAUCUGAAUCAGAGCCGGACGAAGACGGAGACGCAGACUCGGACGCAAGCCCAGAGUUCGAUUCAGACCUCGAUUCCGACUCCGACUCCGAUGAAGAAUCCGUAUCCAUAUCCGAUUCUGAAUCUGGAUCAGAAACAGAAUCCAAUUCCGACUUCGACUCCGAAUCGGGCACCGAAUCUGAGUCCGAAUCCGAAUCGGAUUUAGUCGAAAGUGAAACCCGGGUUCUCUUAGAGUCGCCUAAUCCUUUCGAAUCCGCAGAAUCUUUGAACGGUCCAAAACAAGCGGGGCAGGAUGCGACGAUAGAGCAAACAGGUACACCCAAACUAAUGAUGAUCAAACUGAUCUUCAAAAUUUUUAGAUAUUCGAAUCGUAAAAAGGCGUUCGAAACCCAUCAAUCCAGAUGUGAUAUUCGCCGCCGAAAAACGAGCACUUGGGCCGUUCAAAUGGAAAGUGCGACGGGAGCUGAACGACGUUCUCGAAGGCAUUGCUGAUCUUGACAAAAGCACGCUGACAGACAAAUUACCGCCCAAAAAGCGUUAUCUGCUGGACUACGUUCAAAAUCUGAUUAUCAACUUCUCGGACACCGCCCAUUCGUCAUGGGGAAUGCUGAAAAUGAAGACGCGUAUCGGAUUGAUCCCUUCGCCGAGUCGGUUGAAAGCCAGGCAUAUCAAGAGAAUCAGAAAGGGAAAGGUAUGAUUUGAGAAUUCAAUUAUACUUAUGCAGUGAAAUAUCCAUGUUUUUUCUAGAAAAGCUACAAACCUCUGAGGGGGCGUAAGCCAAAGAUCGAUCCUCCGGCACCGAUUGGUCGCGUUCAAAAGAAAAGAUAUAAAUUCUAUUAAAAAUAACUUGUUUUAUAUGUGUUGCAUGUAAAUAUUCUUGUUUAAUAUUGAUGUUAUUUUGUUAUAGACCAUGUUCAGUUGUUUUUGACAGCCAUUGAAAAUUUGGGUCAGCCAGAGUGCUUUCAUUGUGAUUUUUCUCUCGAAUUUUUUUUUGUAUUUCUCAUUACGGUCAAACUAAACACAUCCAGGAAUUUAUUAAUGUCUUUUUAAAAAUUAUCUUAACUCUGGUAACUUGCCAGUUUAAUACUUUAUCAUCUCGGAAUCUUUUUUUUUAUUCUAAUCUCUCAGAUAUGAUACCCGGUUCGGCGCGACUGUUGCUCUGCAGAUGUUGGGUUCAAAAUCGAGCGCUUUGUUCGAAGAGCAGUCUGCCGAAGUUGGCGGUUGCGUUCGGCGUCGGUACUGCUUCUCUCAGCAAAAUCCGGCGUCUUCGAUGCGAAACGGAGCAGCACGAUCCGUGGCUUUUGGUCCCACAAAGAGUGCGUUCUGUUCGAAUAACAAAAUAUAAAUCGAGAAGAACAGGUUGCAGAAGAUCAUUCCGGUUAGAUCAGCAACGAUGGGAAUCAUCAGUAUGCCGUUCGCACUGAUCGCAGCCGCUUACACUGCCAUCAGAAAGGCGUUCAGGUACUGUAAGCACUCCAAAUGACCUAAUAUUGAUUGUGUUCAGGUGCCUUGGCUUGUUCCUCCGGUUCUCACCUCUCGUUCUCACAUAUCCGCUCACAAGAAUUGAAGCAAUUGAUGACCUUUGGUGGAAAAUGCUCGUGUGGGCUUUCGAGACCUCCGGACCUACUUUUAUAAAAUUGGGUCAAUGGGCAAGCACCCGACGGGACAUUUUCAGCAAGAAGUUCUGUGAUAGAGUCAGUGGAUCAUGUUCAAUCACUCUAAUUAAAUGUUUCUCAUUUCAGCUCUCGGUACUGCACAUUCAGACGAAGAAGAAGCGGCUUUUCCGCGAUAAAACGACGGUUUUAGAAGAUGUGUUCGGAGAGGGAUUUAUGAAAUUGCACGGCGACCGUGUUUUCAUAGACAUCGAGCCGUACUCAAUUGGCUCCGGAUGCAUUGCGCAGGUCUACCGAGGAGUCGUCGACGUUGCAGAAUUUGAGAAGGCCACGGAAAAGCAGAUUCCGGAGCUAGAAGGGAAGGCGACACAAAAGAUCGCCAUCAAAGUGGCCGACAAAGGAGUUGAGCAGCAGAUUGAGUUGGAUCUCUCGAUUCUGAGAACGGGAGCGUGGUUCAUGCAGACUCUCGUCCCUUCCCUCUGGUAUCUGGACCCUACUGGCGCCCUCGAGCAGUUUGAAAUGGUGCUGCGACGACAAGUUGAUUUGAGCAACGAAGCGAAGGCGCUCAAAAAGUUCUCGGAUAAUUUUCACUCGUCAGAAACCGGAAUCCGAUUUCCAAUCGUCCUUGGAUACACGAAAACAGCAAUUGUGGAGACAUUUGAAGAAGGCAUCUACAUCAAUCGUCUGGUCGCUGAAGAAGGACAACCGGAGGUGAGGGGCCGCAGUUUGUAUUCAUUGUUUACAACUUUUUCUUCAGUUAACAGCACGCCAGUCGAUAUCCGUUCGACGUCGAAUCGCAUUGAUGGGAGCCAGAGCACUUCUCAAAAUGAUCUUCGUGGAUAACUUCGUGCACGGCGACCUUCAUCCCGGCAACAUUCUGAUCCGCUUCAACGACAACGAGAAGACGUUGAAAGGAGUGCACAAAGCUCCAAAGGCAGACGGCGUCGUGAAGAGAGGAUUCGAAUGGUUCCGUUCUCUGAUCAACUGGCGGUCGACUCCGCGUCUUCGCUUCACCGAUUCUCCCGAUCUCGAGGACGAGCCGACGCUAGUCCUUCUCGACACCGGAAUCGCCAUCUCUGAGACUCCAAAAAACUUGCACAAUCUGAAGUCGCUCUUCAGAAGUGUCGUUGAGAAGCGGGGCUACGACGUCGGACGACUGCUCUUGACUCAGUCACCUUUUCAACAAUGCAAAGAUCCGGAACGAUUCUGCCGUCAAGUGGAGAAGUUGGUACUGAAAGCGAGGAGUGAAAAGAGUUUGAGAACGGUAAGUAGUCAUGUGAAAUUCAAAAGUAUUCUCGUUUUCUUUCAGUUGAACAUCUCCGCGUUGCUCUCCGAAAUGUUCACAAUUGUUGCCGAACACAAAGUGGAACUCGAUUCAGCAUUCACAACUGUAAUUCUUUCGGUGAUGGUUCUUGAGGGAUUCGGGCGGUCCCUCGACCCCGAUCUCGACCUUUUCCAAUGCGCCAGGCCAUAUCUUCUGAACGUGUUUGUUUAG